AUGUCCAACUCUGCAGCUUGGCCCAGAUGGCCCAAUCGCUCCCGGUUAGAAGCGAGCGAUACCUCUGAGCGCAAAAGCUCAUAUGCUGGGAAAUAUAAACACUCACCUAGGCAUCUUAAAAUAUGCUGGCUCGAUAUCUUUGUCGAGCUAUACGAGUACAUUACGCACAGUUUCACCGCUCGAUUCAGGUACUCAACUGUGAUAUUCCUAAUCGGAAUUGGACUGGGCUACUUUAUCUCGGUAUAUAAAACCACAACGGUUCCUCGAGUGGCUCCUAUAGGCUUCGCCCAUGAUUUGUACCCUACACCGCACACGAAAGCGCCAUCGCCGGAGUUCCAAAGUACCUGGAGCGAGGAUCCAUACUUUUUGCCGCCACUUUCCAGAAAACGGCUUCCAGUCGUUCCUUCUUAUAAUAUCAUGAGUACGGAUUCCAAAACCUUACUCCUCGCCAACGAUAUUGUUGCCCAGUCGCCGAUGACCCCUCUGUUUAUUCCUUUCGGGCGUAACCACUUGAUGCUCCAACAAACCGUCCUUUCUUACAUUGCUGCCGGUUGGCCACGUUCUCAAAUUUAUAUUAUUGAUAACACCGGAACCAUGGACGCCAAUCUCCGCGGUUUACUGUCAAACGCUAAUCCGUUCCACCUCGAUUACAACCUCUACCGCGGUCGUUACGGUGUCAAUAUUAUCAGAACACCAACCCUCUUUUCCUUCGCACAGCUCCAAAACUUCAUGUUAUCUACUGCCAUGAAUAAAGGCUGGACUCACUUCUUCUGGAGUCAUCAAGACGUAGUAGCUCUCAGUGACGAAGCUCGUCGCCCGUAUAAAUCAUUUUACGAGAACGUCGUUUCAUCUCUUGUUUCUUUGUAUCCGACUAUGAACUCUGCUGCUUCGAAGAAGGAAGGUAAACGUUGGGGUCUUGUUUGGUAUAGCUUCGACCAUCUUUCACUCGUUAACGUCGCUGUGUCACUUGAUACGGACGCCAAUAUUGGGGCUUGGGAUACUUUUAUUCCUUAUUAUCAUACCGAUUGCGACUAUUAUGAACGCAUGAGGCUGAACGGUUUUUCUAUCUUGGAACGUCGUGUUGGUGAUAUCUAUGAUGUUGCCAAUCAUGUCGAAGAUCCCGAACACGCUUUCUUCGGAGGGGGGCGAGCACCUGCCACGAAAGAGCGAGGAUUAGGGAAAGAACGUCCCUGGGAUGAGGAAGAAAAACUUGAGUCAAGGAGGUAUAAAAUGUUGAAAAGAGAGUUGAAAGGUUUUAUGAAGACUAAAAAUGUGGCUGGCAAGAACAGGAAUACUUGGCAGGAUGAGUUGAAAGGUGGGAAAGGUGAACCGUGGACUUAUGAUUCUUAUGGGUUCGACAAUGCUUGGUGGACCACGGCUUCGGUGGGGAGAGUGAUAUUUCAAAAGAAAUGGGGGACUUUGGAGUGUCAACCUAGUGUGGCUGGGAAAGGUUUGAGGAGGAUUUGGAAUUCUGGAGAAGAUUUUCGAUCUGGAAGGCCGAAUACUAUUCGCUAUGACGAUGAUGAGGAGUAUGACCCUGAUCAUGAUGACGACCUGGGUUACCCGUAUGAUGAGGAUGAUGAUGACGAUGACGCUGAAAAUGACUUUCCAAGUUCUGAGGAUGAUGGCGUUCAUGAUAUGGAAUGGGAUUCUGGCGAGUCGGGAAAUUUGAAUGCUUGGGGUGACACGGGACUGGGGAUGGAGCCAAAGAGCCAUGAUGGUUCGAAGUCUCAACCAGGUAUUCCCUCGAAAGCAUCCUUGAAUAAACGAGCCGUAGGUUCAAAUUAA